GCCCCGCCCACCGACCUCACUUCCGCCCCGCGGCAAGAUGGCGGCGCCCGGACCCUGCCACGCAGACUUCCGCCGGGCGGAGAGACUCAGGGCCACCUGCGGGCCGCGUCGGAGGUGAAGUCGGGACGCACCUGGUGUGGAGCCACAGCUCGGGGGCGCUGGGGCAACAUGUCGCAAGGAAACGCCGCAGGCGAGCCGAGUAGUCCGGGAGGGCCCAGACCCCUCCUCUCUGGGGCCCGGGGGCUUAUCGGGCGGAGGCCGGCCCCUCCACUUACCCCAGGUCGUCUUCCCUCCAUCCGCUCCAGGGACCUCACCCUCGGAGGAGUUAAGAAGAAAACCUUCACCCCAAAUAUCAUCAGUCGGAAAAUCAAGGAAGAGCCCAAGGAAGAAGUAACCAUCAAGAAGGAGAAGCGUGACAGGGAUAGAGACCGGCAGCGAGAGGGGCAUGGACGGGGGCGGGGCCGCCCAGAAGUGAUCCAGUCCCACUCCAUCUUUGAGCAGGGCCCAGCUGAAAUGAUGAAGAAAAAGGGGAACUGGGAUAAGACAGUGGAUGUGUCAGACAUGGGGCCCUCUCAUAUCAUCAACAUCAAAAAAGAGAAGAGGGAGACAGAUGAAGAAACGAAACAGAUCCUGCGCAUGCUGGAGAAGGAUGAUUUCAUCGAUGACCCUGGGCUGAGGAAUGACACUCGAAACAUGCCUGUUCAGCUGCCGCUGGCUCACUCAGGAUGGCUUUUCAAGGAAGAGAAUGAAGAACCAGAUGUUAAGCCUUGGCUGGGUGGCCCCAAGGAAGAGGACAUGGAGGUGGAUGUACCUGCUGUGAGAGUGAAAGAGGAGCCCCGGGAUGAGGAGGAGGAGGCCAAGAUGAAGGUUCCUCCCAGAACAGCCAGAAAGACCCCGAGCCUUCCAAAGGACGUAUCUGUGGCAGAGCUGCUCAGGGAGCUGAGCCUCACCCAGGAUGAAGAGUUGCUGUUUCUUCAGCUGCCAGACACACUCCCUGGUCAGCCGCCUACCCAGGACAUCAAGCCUAUCAAGACCGAAGUGCAGAGCGAGGAUGGACAGAUGGUGGUUAUAAAGCAGGAGAAAGACCGGGAAGCCAGGCUGGCAGAGAAUGCUUGUACCCUGGCUGACCUGACAGAGGGUCAGGUUGGCAAGCUGCUCAUCCGCAAGUCAGGGAAGGUGCAGCUCCUCCUGGGCAAGGUGACUCUAGAUGUAACGAUGGGAACCACCUGCUCCUUUCUGCAGGAGCUGGUGUCCGUGGGCCUUGGAGACAGUAGGACGGGUGAGAUGACAGUCCUGGGACACAUAAAGCACAAACUUGUAUGUUCCCCCGAUUUUGAGUCCCUCUUGGAUCACAAACACCGGUAAAAUGAGCAGAUGGAGGAUGAUGGUGACUGUGCCCACGGCUGCUGCCUGCUCCAGACGUUUUGUUCUCAAAUCUGUGCGACCCAGAAGGGGCCUGUUUAGCCCACCCACUCCAGCCUUUGGCGGCCAUUGUCCCAGUUUUCCCCAUAGGGCCCACGUGGCUCCCUCCCACAGCAGCUGUGAAUGGCACAGUGGCGUUCCCACAGCAUGGAUCCUGCACAUCCUCGCUGCUGGGGGGCUUGUCCCUUCUAUUUAUUUUUGUAUUUAUGUCUUAUCUCUUCAAAUGACUGCACCCUCCCCUGGUAGAGAGGGGAGGGUCUGUGGGAAAGCCCAGUCUCCUUCUCUUGCUGACUGUCUUGUUCUCAGGGUAGGAAGCGUAAAGACUGCUGCUGCUUUUGCUCCCUCCUCCUUCCCAAGAAACCGUGUUGGAGAGAGAGCAGGGAAUUUUUGAGUCUGGGACUCAGUGUGCAGUCCCAGUUCCAUCAGUUACUAGCUGUGUGACCUUGGACAAACUACCUAACCUUUCUGAGCCUCAUACUCCUCAUAGGACAAAAAUGAGGAUAAUACCUACCUCACAGGGUUGGUGUGAGGAUUAAAUGGAAUGUUGUAAAUGAAAAUUCCUUGCACAAGGCCAGAUAUACACAGUAGGCACUCAAUAAAUGUUAGUUUCCUUCCCUUUGCCUGAGUCUGUUUUCAAACAAAAUAGAGGUUUCAAGAAUCUCUUGAGAGAAGUGAAUAGAGCUGCUGUAUCUCUGCCUUCCUGCUGCACCUCCCAUCCCCCCUUGGGCCCUGAGGCUCUCACGGUAUAGGUUCAGGCCCUUCUCUGCUCAUUUUCUCCUGAGCAGUUAAGUGCUGCCUGUUCACUGUGGUGAGUUGCAAGCCAAAGGUUCUACCAGAGGUGAAGUCAGAGACUCCUCCCAGCUCUCUACACUUGCCUUUGGGUGACAUCAUGGUCCCGGGACUCCUUCCUUCUAUCCCUCAACUCCUCUCCCCUAUCCCCCCAACUCCUCCAAUAAGUAGCAGUACUCUUUUGACUUCCAUUUAAAUAUUUCCCAACAGAAUCCUGUGACCACUCAGAAUUAUAACCACACUCAAAUACUGCUGAAGAACAACCUCUGAUAAGACAGAAAUUAGGAUUUAUUGAAGAGCCGCCUCUUUGACACUUGACAGAUGACCUCCCACUUCAAAGCUUUGAAUUUGAGAGGCCCCCUUCUACCUCCUGUCCUACCGUCACCAGAUCUGCAUCUCAAUCCCAGCUGGCCACAAUGGCCUUUGAGUUCAUGGGUCUGUGAUCUUGUUUCUUGUACCAGGUCAUUACACUCUUGAUCCUUCCAGU